GUUUCUGAACACUCAAAGUCAUGCUUCAGCUGAAGCAGAGCUCCCUCUUCUUCGCCGCCGAUUCCGGGUUCAAGCCCUGUUUUCUUCUCCCCAAAACCAACAAGAACCCAUUCUCUUCCUCCUGCAUGGACCUCAAACCAAACCUUAUCUCCUCCUCUUCUUCUUCUUCUUCUUCUCGCCGCACUCCGGCCUUGUCCUUGGCUUGCCGGGCCUCACGUGACCUUCACGUGUCAAGUAAUGAUGGAGAAGUAGUUGUUCAUGGAUUGUCGGAGACCGUUGUGGGUGUUCUCGGAGGAGGCCAGCUGGGUCGAAUGCUGUGCCAAGCGGCUUCACAGAUGGGCAUUAAGGUCGUGGUGUUGGACCCACAGGAGAACUGCCCAGCUAGUCAACUCGCCUAUCAACAUAUGAUUGGCGGCUUUGAUGAUAGUGCCACUGUUCAAGAAUUCGCCAAAAGGUGUGGAGUGUUGACAUUUGAAAUCGAACAUGUGGAUGUUGAGACAUUGGAGAAGCUUGAGCAGCAAGGAGUGGACUGCCAGCCCAAAGCCUCUACUGUUAGAAUCAUUCAGGAUAAAUAUCUUCAGAAGGUUCACUUUUCGCGGCAUGAUAUACCACUUCCUGAGUUCAUGCAGAUAGAUGAUCUGGAAGGUGCCAAGAGGGCUGGUGAUUUCUUUGGCUAUCCUCUAAUGAUAAAGAGUAGAAGAUUAGCUUAUGAUGGGCGUGGAAAUGCUGUUGCUAAGAGUGAGGAGGAUCUAACUUCUGCUGUAGCAGCUCUUGGAGGGUUUGAUCGCAGUUUGUACAUUGAAAAAUGGGCUCCUUUUGUAAAGGAGCUGGCUGUCAUUGUUGCUAGAGGAAGAGACGAUUCUAUUGUAUGCUAUCCUGUUGUUGAAACUAUACACAAAGAAAACAUUUGUCAAAUCGUCAAAGCACCUGCUAACGUGCCUUGGAAGAUACAAAAGUUGGCCACUGAUAUUGCAUCUAGAGCUGUUAGUUCAUUAGGAGGAGCGGGUGUGUUUGCAGUUGAGUUAUUCUUGACAGGGGAUGAUCAGAUUUUGUUAAAUGAAGUAGCUCCUAGACCUCACAAUAGCGGUCAUCACACAAUAGAGUCCUGCUACACCUCACAGUACGAACAGCAUUUGCGGGCUGUUGUUGGUCUUCCACUUGGUGUAACAUCAAUGAAAACUCCUGCUGCAAUUAUGUACAAUUUACUUGGUGAAGAUGAGGGGGAAGCUGGUUUCCGCCUAGCUCAUCAAGUGAUUGGAAAAGCCUUGAGUAUACCAGGGGCUACUGUUCAUUGGUAUGAUAAGCCAGAUAUGCGGAAACAGCGGAAAAUGGGUCAUAUUACUAUUGUUGGACCUUCCAUGGGCAAUGUGGAAAAAUCUCUGGAUUCAAUGCUAAAUGAUGAAAUGUCUGAUAGUCAGUCUGCAGCUAUUCCACGUGUUGGAAUCAUAAUGGGUUCUGAUUCAGAUCUUCCUGUUAUGAAGGAUGCCGCAAAAGUUUUGGAUAUGUUUGAAGUGCCUCAUGAGGUUAGGAUAGUUUCUGCCCAUCGAACUCCUGAUUUAAUGCAUUCUUAUGCAAAGUCCGCCCACGAAAGAGGAAUUGAGGUCAUCAUUGCCGGUGCUGGUGGUGCAGCUCACUUGCCAGGAAUGGUAGCUGCAUCCAGUCCAUUGCUUGUUAUUGGUGUCCCUGUGCGUGCCUCUUCAUUGGGUGGAGUUGAUUCGGUUCUAUCUAUAUUGCAGAUGCCAAGAGGGGUUCCGGUUGCUACAGUUGCUAUAAACAACGCGACCAAUGCUGGUCUGCUAGCAGUAAGGCAUUUAGGUGGUCCUGAUCUACAAGCAAGAAUGCUCCAGUAUCUUAAAGACAUGGAAAGCGAAGUCUUGGCAAAAGAUGAGAAGCUACAGAAAGAUGGUUGGGAAUCUUACUUGGAUCCCUGAUAAGUGAUAACCCAAGCACUAUAGCAUAGUCCAUUCAAGUUUUGUAGUUUCACUAUUCCCUCAAAGUCGGUCUCCUCAACGUGCUACUAAACAAGGAGAAGUUGAAUUCCAACGAAGACCACAAGAGAAAGUAUCUAACAGUUCAUUGAGACGAUCUACAAUGGCAAACAUUUCAAGGUCCGUGCUAACAGAAGAGUUAAUGUAAUUUAUUUGAAGAGGUUAAUGAGGAAGGAUGAAUAGUAAGAAGAAGCCUUCCAUUUAUCACACAAGUUUUGUCUACCUUAGACAAUGAACAAUUUAAGGGUUUUGUAUGUUUUGAACUUUUGAUGAUGUUCAUCUCGUGGCAAAAAACUUGCUUAGAAGA